AUGGGGACCGUGGGGGCUAAGCGAGGACGCAAGGGGAAUGGAAUCAAGUCUCGCUCGGUCGCGGGGGAGGCGAGAACACGGAACUGGCCGGAAGUUGUACAACAACUGUCCGGCGCCCCCGGCGAGGCUGUUGCGCCCCCGUCGCCGGGGCGGAAAAAGGGAAAGAAAGUACGUGAUUCAACACCGUCGCCCGACCAGCAGCACGUGGCGAGGAGGCGGGGAGCGGAGGGGGGAGGCGCAGACAUCGCGCGCGCACGGGAUGACGUGAUGCGCGCGCAGCUCCCGGCGCUGGUGGCGCUGGUGGCGCUGGCGGCGGCGGUGCGCGGCAACUGCCCGCCGGAGGGCGACAUCCUGCCCUGUCGGUGCACCAUGCGCGAGGAGGAACUGCAGAUAUGGUGCAGCCACAGCGACCUGACCAAGGUGCUGGCGGGCCUGCAGGCCGUGGGCUCGGGCCUGGACCGCCCCGUGGACGAGCUGAUCCUGGAGAACAACUACCUGCCGUCGCUGCCCGGCGCCGCCUUCUCGCCGCUGCGCGUGGCGCGCCUCAUGCUGCGCGACAACGGGCUGGAGCGCGUGGCCUCCAGCUGGCUGGCGGGCCUCGAGGACUCGCUGCUCGAGCUGUUCGUGGUGGAGCCGCAGCUGCGCAGCCCGCCGCCCGACAGCGUGGAGCAGCUGCGCGGGCUGGAGGCGCUGACGCUGCACGCGGGCGCCAUGCGGCGACCCCCGCGCCUCUCCGGGCUGCGGCGCCUGCGCUACGUGCAGCUGCGGUCCCCGGCGCUCGCCGAGCUGCCACCGCUCGCCUUCCGCGCGCUCGGCGCCCUGGAGCAGCUGCACGUGGUGCACAGCCCGCGCGUCGCGCGCCUCGAGGCCGGCCUGCUGCAGGACCUGCCGCGCCUGCAGCUGCUCAACGUGUCGCACUGCGGCCUGGCGUGGCUGCACCCGCGCGCGCUCGCCCGCCUGCCCGCGCUCGCGCACCUCGCGCUGCCGCACAACCGCCUGCUCGACGCCGGCAUGGUGGGGCGCGCCGCGCGCGACCUCCCGGCGCUCGCCACGCUCGACCUCCGGGGCAACCUCGUGGAGCGCCUGGGCGAGGCGUCCUUCGUGGACCUGCCGGCGCUGGCCGAGCUGCGGCUCGCCGGCAACAGGAUCCUCGAGGUGGCGCGCGGCGCCUUCCACCGCGUGCCGCGCCUGCGCACGCUCGACCUCAGCCACAACUUCGUGCGGCGCGUGCACCCCGAGUCCUUCUUCCAGCACUCGGACGGCGGCCUGGAGGAGCUGCGGCUCGUCGACAACGCGCUCGACCACGUGGGGUCGCUCCGCGCGCUGCUGGACGCGCUGCCGCGGCUGCGCUACCUCGACGUCAGCCACAACUUCCUGGAGGAGAUCCCGUCGGGCGCGCUGCGGGGGCACCCCACGCUGGAGAGCCUCCAGCUGGACCACAACCGCCUCCAGCGCGUGCAGAGGGAGGCCUUCAUGGCCAUGCCGGCGCUGCGGGAGCUCAGCAUGAGGAACAACUCUCUGUCCGACUACGCGGACGGCCCGCUGUGGAACCUGCCGGGCCUCAAGGGCCUCGACCUGUCGUACAACUACUUCCGGCGGCUGGACCAGCGCCUGCUGGCCAACCUGCCGUCGCUGCGGCGGCUCGACCUGAGCGGCAACGCGCUGGCGCUGGUGGACCCCGCCGCCUUCCAGCACACGCCCAGCCUGGAGCACGUGAACCUGUCGCGCAACGCCAUCGCCUCGCUGCACCCGGCCACCUUCCGCCAGCUGGGCGGCCUGUACGAGCUGGACGCCGGCCACAACCGCCUGCGCGAGCUGGUGCCCGGCCUGCCGCGCGGCCUCGAGUACCUGCACCUCGCGCGCAACCGCAUCGCCGCGCUGCCGCACCCGCCCUCGCCCGACCUCCACCUGCCGCAGCUCAAGAUGCUCGACCUGACGGCCAACGGGCUGGCGCGCCUGCCGCCCGGCGCGCUGGCGGCGCUGGCGCAGCUGCGCGACCUGCGGCUCGCCGGCAACUCGCUGGAGCGCGUGGAGGAGGGCGCGCUGGCCGGCCUGGCGCGCCUCGAGCGCCUGGACCUGCGCGACAACCGCCUGCGCGACCUGCACGAGCUCGCGCUGCGCGACCUGCGCCGCCUGCGCCGCCUCUGGCUGCGCGGCAACCGCCUGGAGGCGCUGCGCGACGGCCUGCUGCGCGGCAACGUGUUCCUCGAGCAGCUGGACCUGGGCCUCAACCGCCUGGCCUUCGUCGAGGCCCACGCCUUCGACGGCAACAGGGAGCUGGUGGAGCUGGACGCCUCGCGCAACUCCCUGGACACGCUGCCCGGCGCGCUGCGGGGGCUCGCGGCGCUGCAGCUGCUCGAGCUGAGCCGCAACUCCGUGCGCGCGCUGGACGCCGAGGUGCUGGCCAGCCUCACGUCGCUGGCCGAGCUGCGCCUGGGCCGCAACAAGCUGCGGCGCCUGCCCGAGGGCGUGAUCGCGCGCAUGCCCAGCCUGCAGCUGCUCGACCUGCACGGCAACGAGCUGGAGGCCGUGUCUGCGGGCGCCGUCAGCGACCUGCCGCAGCUGCGCGCCGUGCGCCUGGACGGCAACCGCCUGGCCGAGCUGCCCGAGCGCGCCUUCUCGCGCCUGCCCGAGCUGCGCAGCGCCGAGCUGCAGCGCAACCGCCUGGCGCGCGUCGCCGAGCGGGCCUUCGACGGCGCGCCGCAGCUGCUGCUGCUCAACCUCAGCAGCAACCUGCUGCCGGGCCUGGAAGAGGCGGGGCUGCGCGAGCUGCGGUCCCUGGAGGUGCUGGACCUCAGCCACAACCGGGUGGCCCGGAUGGCCGGCGACAGCCUCAGGGGCAUGGAGUGGCUGGUCGAGCUCAAGAUGGACAACAACAACCUCUGCAGCAUCCAGGGCCUGCCGUUCGACGAGAUGCCGCGCCUGCGCGUGCUGAGCCUGCGCAACAACAGCAUGCGCCACGUCAGCGAGCAGACGUUCCGGCGGCUGCGCGGCAACGUGGCCGUGGUCGACGUGGACGGCAACCCGCUCAGCUGCUCGUGCCGCAUGCUGUGGCUGCAGGCGUGGCUGCGCGAGGCGUCCGCGCAGGGCCCGCGCUGCGCCGACGGCACCUUGCUGCGCGAGAUGCGGCUGUCGGCGCAGCAGUGCGAGGCGCGCAGCGACGACGAGCCGGCCGCGCCGGGCUGCGGGCCCGACCCCGACCCCGACCCCGUCGUCGCGUCGGUGCCCGGAUCUUCCCAGGUGUCCUCGACGUGGGUAGAAGUGAAAGAUGCCACAGCCGCUCCUCCAGUAGGAGUCUCUCCCGAAGACUCGGAGUACUUCUACGACGAGUACAUCGAGUACCAGUACGAGGAAGGGAACGCCACCAACGGCACCAUGGUGAUCCAGAGCGAGCUGCCGCUGACCAUACAGCUGACGAGCAUCGCGGGUCCCGUCGCCGCCACCACCACGGCGGCGACGUCGUCGCACUACAUCCCCGGCGACACGCCCACCCUGUACGCCGGGACGAGGCAGGACAAGAACAAGACCGCCCCCGACCAGGGCAAGCAGUCCGGCCAGCCGGGCGCCGCCCCCAACGGCGGCGGCGGCUUCACGUUCUUCGGCAUCCCGCUGCCGAGCAUCAGCCUGGGCGGGCUGUGGGGCAGCGCGCGCAACGCAGACGCCAAACCCGGGGGCAUGAGGUUCGUGGGGGCCCGCGGCAAGGUGGACAUGUUCCCGCCGUCCGAGCCUCGCAUGCAGUCCGACGGGUUCGUCCCGAUGAGGACCGGGUCGGGCGGGUUCGUCCCCAUCGCGAAUCCCGAGCUGACGCGCCCGGGAUACGGCAACUCCUCGACCCGGCCGUACUCAGCGGGAGACAACUACAACUACAACUACAACUACACCCCCAGUUCCACCUUCCCGCCGCGACCGACCGACGUCUACGAAGAGACCAUGCCCACCGACAUGAUGGCAGACACCCCGGACCUCCAGUCCCACAAGAAACAGCCGGCGCAGCAUGGCCUCAGCUUCAACUUGAAGUCCACCACGUCGACAGUGCAACCGCCGGCCCCCGACAAGUUCCUCCGCAAGCCGGACAUCAGGGACCCUUUCUUCAGACCAGCAAACAAGGCCCUCUUCGACAGAUCCAACCAGAUGGCUGACGAGAACGUGAAAGAACGUCCUCCUGGAACCGUCGAGAAGCAAUCCUCUAGUUAUGAUAACAGGAUAUCAGCUCACUUGGACAAUCCCAGCACCGGCAGUCGCGAUGCAAGCAGUAUUCAGACCAUGGAAUCACCCCCGCCACCGAAAUAUUCUGAAAUGCCGCCUUUCUUGGACGCACCUCGCCCUCCGAACCUCAACAAAAACGUGACGAUCACGAAGAUCGACACGUCUCUGCACUCCAACUUUGUCCACAAAAUGCUCGUCGAGACUCAAGGAGACGCAAAUCUGACAGGGGCUGGCUACGACAGACCCGCAGACUUGGAAGUGGACUGGUUCUCGAAGCAUCAUAAGCCUUCCACCGACAUAGUAUUGCCAGAAUCCCCGGUGACCGCGACGCCCGCCGUGGACAGGCGCGAGGGGGCGAGGCCCGGGGAGGGCGACAGCACCGGCCGGUCCUCCGGGGAGGCGCCCUCGUCGCUGUCCAUCCUGCUGGCGCCCGGGGCCCAGCAGCCGCAGUUCCGCCCCACGGCGACCAUCACCAAGGUGAAGGCGCCGCCGCAGACGUCGCUGGCGCCCGCCCCAGAGCCCGUGGAGGAGUACCUGCGCGGGCCGCAGCCCGAGCGCCUCGGCCCGACGACCACCAGUACCAGCAGCACCAGCAGCAGUACCGGUACCCCGGCCAGGGACCUCUCCAAGGACUGGUACUUCAGGAACUACAACCGCACCAACCUGGAGCCCUACGUGGGGCCCGCGGUGGCCCGGCCCGACUCGAGCGGCGAGGCGCCCCUGGUGUCCGGGUCUCUGUCGGCGCUGCUCGCCGCCUGCUCCCUCUUGCUGGCGCGGGCGCCGUGA